AUGUUGAAACUUAUUCCUUUUGGUUUUGUCUUUAUGAUUUUGCCUGAAUCUAUUCCUUUGCUUGUCAUGUAUGUUCCUGGUAUGGUUCCUGGAACUUGUCUUAAAGACAGUCAAGUGCAAAAGACACGUGAAAAGUUGGACAAGGUACGUCAAAAGAUGACUGCCAAUGUAUUGAAAUCUGCCGAGAAAGUGGAUGGUAUUGCACCCGCUGACUUUUUAUCACUGACGAAAUUUCAACGUAUUGCCAAACACUAUGCGUAUGAUUUUGAUUUGAUUAGAAUUGAUAGACCUCAUCUCGCAUCUUACUGCAGAUUUAUGGGAAUUAACAAUAUCGGAACGCAAGGUAUGCUUAGAAAGAGAUUAGAGAAAUACAUGAAUUAUAUCAAUGAGGACGAUAAGCUCCUCCUGAAAGAGAAUGUGGAUGAAUUAAAUAUCAAGGAAUUGAGUCAUGCUGUAGAAGAACGUGGUAUGAGAUCCAUUGAUCAAGAUGAAGAGAACAUGAGACGUGGCUUGAAAUAUUGGUUAUCGCUUACACAUCCAGCAAACCCUGAAAACACAAUCCCUGUUGGUUUACUCGUCUUUAGUAGAAUGUUUUUACUUAAUGCAAACUAUAAAGGAAAGCAAUAA